CCAAUAAACAAGUUUAUAAAUGAAUGAAACAGUAGCUUGGCCCUGCCCACUGCACUGUAAAAAUACUGUAGUAGUACGAGAGCCAUUGAGGCAAAGUUACAGCUAACUUUUACUGAUAAAAUGUGAUUUAAAACAUUUAAUCGUUUUUUUUAUUUUUUUUUUACUGUUUAUGGAUGGUUUUGUAGUAGAAUUUUAGAAUCUUAUUUUUGUCCAUCACUGGAGAUAAUUCAGGUCUAAAUUCAUAGUUCAUUUGGAGCAAUUAAGAAUAAUAGUUUAUAACUGUUUGAUUAUUAUUUUUUUAACUAUAAACUGUACUCAUUUCCUCAAAACAGAAUAUAUAUAUUUUUUGUGUUUUUAUCCAUUUAGCUCCAUUCACCUCCAUUGUUUUGAGCUCUGACUCGCGGGCUCCCUCUAGCGGUGUGCAGGUAUUUUCUGGUAUAAUGGAGGAGACAGGUAGUGGGCAGUCUCUCCAUAAAGCAGCUCUGUUAGAAGCUCCGGUCUUCCACAGCUAAAGGAACAGGAUGAGCUGAUCUACAGAAGGAAUGGAGGAGUUCCGCUCUUCACACUGUUCUACAUUUACUCCUAGAUACACAGAAACACAUCUAAACACACCAACAUCAGAAGAAGCAGCAGCAGCAGCAGCAGCUUCAUCCAGGAGCAGCAGCUGAUCAUCUUCUCCUAGUUCCUCUGAUCUACAGUCUCCUAUUUACACUUUAGGACUCUAAUAUUAUAGAUAUGUUCAUAUAAACACACACACACAGAGCUUCUACCGAGUUUAAAUAGAAGUGAAGGGGAAUUGAGGGUCACCCUCUGAUCAUAAAUCUACUUCUAUAGCUGCCUUUUUACCCCGCUGUGGAAAAAUAACCCCACGGAUUGUCCUGCUGUCCUGUAGCUUUACCUCUCCGAUACAGCAGAAGCGAAGACGCUCCUAGUCUCCUGCUCCUAGAGUUGACUUUCGCACCUGCCUGAAACAACCAAUAAUGAGAAUUCACAAAGAUCAGAAUUAAUCUGCCAAAAAAGGUUAAACACAACAAAUCCAGAAGAAUCUUGGGACCCUAUCUCACAGAAAAAUGUCAAGUCCAGCCAACGAGAAAACUCACCACUGUUCAGACUGUGGGAAGAGCUUUACUCAAAAGAGUAAUCUGAAAAGACACCAGCGCAUUCACACAGGAGAGAAACCGUAUCACUGUUUGGACUGCGGGCUGAGCUUUACUACACAGAAUUAUCUUAAAACACACCAGCGCAUUCACACAGGAGAGAAACCGUAUACGUGUUCAGACUGUGGGGCGAGUUUUUAUGCACAGGGUAAUCUCAGAAGACAUCAGCGCUCACACACCGGAGAGAAAGCCUAUCAGUGCUCAUACUGUGAGAAGAGUUUUACCUCACAGAGUCAUCUUAAAAGGCACUGGAGCAUUCACACAGGAGAGAAACCGCAUCAGUGCUCAGAGUGUGGGAGGAGUUUUUCUACACAGAGUGAUCUCAAAAAACACCAGCGCAUUCACACAGGAGAGAAACCGUAUUACUGCUCAGAGUGCGGAAAGUGGUUUGCUCAACAGAGUAAUUUUAGAAAACACCUGCAGAUUCACACUGGACAAAAACCGUUUUAUUGCUCAGAGUGUGGAAAGAAUUUUAAUCGACUGGGGAAUCUGAAACUACACCAGCUCAUUCACACACGAGAGAGGCCGUAUAUCUGCUCAGAAUGUGGAAAGGGUUACACUACACGGAAUAAUCUUAAACAUCAUUUGCGCAUUCACACAGGAGAGAAACCGUAUCAGUGCUCUGACUGCGGGAAGUGUUUUAUUCAAUUGGGUACUCUCAAAAAUCACCAGCGCAUUCACACUGGAGAGAAACCGUAUCACUGCUCAGACUGCGGGAAGAGAUUUUCUCAACGGAGUCAUCUCAGAAUACACCAGCGCGUUCACACAGGAGAGAAACCGUUUCACUGCUUGGAGUGUGGGAAGAGUUUUACUCGACGGAGUCUUCUCCAGCUUCACCAGCGCAUUCACACCGGGGAGAAACCGUAUCACUGCUCAGCCUGUAGCAGGAGUUUUACUCGACUGGCUUAUCUCCAGCUACACCAGCGCACGCACACUGGAUUGAAACCGUAUUACUGCUCAGCCUGUGGGAAGAGUUUUAUUCGACUGAGUUAUCUCCAAAAACACCAGCGCGUUCACACAAGAAAGAAAACACAUCACUGCUCAGACUGUGGGAGGAGUUUUACUACACAAAGUAAACUCUAUCUACACCAGCGCAUUCACACAGGACAGAAACCACAUUACUGCACAGUCUGUGAAAAGAGCUUUAGGCAUUCAGGUUCAUUCGAGAAACAUAAGUGCAGUAAAAACAGUCAGAAAAUUUGACAAUAACACUUCUUUAACCUCCCCUGGUCUAACCCAGAUUUUAAAAAUUCCAACAGGAAAAAAUCUUUUUUUUUUUUUUUUAAUCAGUUUUUGAAGCAUAUUUCUAAAACUAAAUAAACGGUUGCAUGAUUAAUGACAGGUCUAGCCAAAGGUCCAAACAUAGAAAAUGCCCUUCAAACUCAGGACGCAUCAGAUUAUAAGGCACAUUAUGUGACACUAGUAAGGAACAGGGGUGUUAUGCUUUC